AUGACUUCCACCACCACCAUGAAACUUACUCUUUUCUCCGUUCUUACAUACGUCUCAUUUUAUGCAGUUGCCUCAGUUACACCAUUGCAUGUUCAACAUCCACUUGACCCUUUAACCAAGGAAGAGUUUCUAGCUGUUCAAACCAUUGUCCAAAACAAAUAUCCCAUCUCAAAGAAUAAACUAGCUUUCCACUAUAUUGGCCUAGAUGACCCUGAAAAACAUCAUGUCUUAAAAUAUGAAAGACACCCAACUCUUGUAAAAAUCCCUCGUAAAAUCUUUGUUGUUGCUAUCAUCAAUAGCCAUAUCCAUGAAAUAUUAAUUAAUUUAAGGAUCAAACGCAUUGUCUCUGAUAAUAUUCAUAAUGGAUAUGGUUUCCCUAUCAUAUCCGAUGCUGAACAAUCCCUAGCAAUAGAGCUUCCACUUAAAUAUCCUCCUUUUAUUGCUUCGGUUAGAAAAAGAGGAUUGAAUCUCUCAGAGAUAGUGUGUUCUAGUUUCAGUAUGGGCUGGUUUGGAGAAGAGAAAAAUGUUAGAACAGUGAAAGUAGAUUGUUUCAUGAAAGAAAGUACGGUGAAUAUCUAUGUGAGACCUAUUACUGGAAUCACAAUAGUAGUUGAUCUUAAUCUUAUGAAAAUAGUUGAGUAUCAUGACAGAGAUAUUGAAGCAGUGCCAACCGCAGAGAACACUGAGUACCAAGUUUCUAAGCAAAGCCCACCAUUUGGACCAGUACAACACAGUCUCACCAGUCAUCAACCACAAGGUCCGGGUUUUCAGAUCAAUGGCCAUAGUGUUAGGUAA